AUGAACGAAGCUCCACAUCGACGCAAAAUUCGGUUUGCACCACUUCCAGACCCUCGUCGGACAGUAUCACCGGCUCUAGAUGGCGCUGAAAUAGCCCUUCCAGACUCACCCGAGCAAACGACAGUUCAAUUGCCGCGAAGCCCUCUUCCACUACCUUCACCUGCUGCUUCCCCUGCAGCCAAAACAACUCCACUACCAUCCGUACCACCCUCAUCUUUUUCCAAGCCCUCCUCCACAUGGCCCAAGAGCCUAUUACGCUCGUUCCGGAAAGGCAACACCCCUGCGUCCUCAACCGACAGUCUCACACCUACUCCUUCACUUGAUACUACGCCAGAUGUACCAUCUCUCCAGCGCUGGUCGUCUGGUACGAGUGCUACUAUCAUAGGCUCUCCCCUUGCACGGACACAAAGCCAAACUAGUACCAGCUCCAAGCGGUCAGGGCGGAGUCGUUCGAUAUUCAGCAUCGGAAGCGGUGACAAGAGGAAGCCCAGGACGGGUAGUGUUCCUCCACCACUGAAUCCAUUUUCAAACUCUGUGGGAACGAAACGUGGAACUCGCAUGUUGAAUGGACGAGUGUAUGGCUCACGCAAUGCUGACGGCACUCACAAUCCAUUCGGCAAUGCACGCGAUGAUGAUCCCGAGUUUGUUGAGUGGGGUUACGGUGGGAUGGGCUCAGUGCGUCAUGGGGUCGGCAGUUCUGCUUGGAAGAGCGUCCAAGCCGGUGGAGCCAAAACAAAUGGCUCUUCAACUAAAGGAGAGGUAUAUGUCGGCAUGGGGGUGGUCGGCGACGGCGACGAAGAUGAUGACGAUGGAACUGGAAUGGGCUGGGUGCGCCGAAGGAGAGAGGCGAGAGAACGAGAGGCUAGGGAGCGAGAAGAAAAAGAAAAACAGGCGCAAGAAAAAGAUCAAGUUUCCAAUGCUGAAGGAGAGCGCAGUAGCGGCUCAAUGGAGGAAGAUGGACUUGCAACACCCACAGCAACAGAGCCAAGAAGCACACUUGCUCCAGCUGCCUCUGACAUUUCUACGCCGCUCGCUACUCCGAUGGCCCCUCACAAUUCAUCUUCACUAGCUGGCACGCCAACACUAGAGGGAGAACAUGAUUUACGUGCAGUCACCCUGCCGGCUGGAUUCCGUGGCCAUCACCAUUCGCAUUCGCACAGCCAUGGCCAUCACAGGAGCAGUUCCAAUGCUCUCAAUGGGAUCGGAUCGCCUGGUGUGCAUGUCACAGCAGCAGAAAACCGGCCAGAAGCUGCGCCAACUCCAAGUUCCGGCUCGGAUUCGGAAUCUGACUCUGACUCUGACGAGGAUGAUGAUGAAUCCAAAGAAAACAAAACGACCGAAGACGAAGAUGACGAUUACGAAGAAGACACGGACGAAGAACAGAACCAGCGUGUAACAGCUCUGGGAGCCGGAGUUGAGAAGAUAAGUCGGCACAAGGAGUAA